AUGGCCGACUACGACAGCGGAGCCUACAUCAUUGACCACAUGCAGAAGAUGAUGAAGAUUCCUUUCUGGUCAGAGGAUAUGGGCCCUAAUGGGUCGUGGAUGCCACUCUACGUGCGCGUGAAGACGGAGGGCAGGUACGCAGGCGUGUUCCCGACGAUUGCGGAGUGCAAGGCUGAGUUGAAGCGGUCCGUCUCCUUUCUCACCGACCCCAGUCUCAGUGGCAAGUUUGAGCUGUACGCGGUCAAGAUGCCAGAUCGGGGCGAGAUGAUGCCGCUGCAUCCACAGACGGACGGCGACUACCCUUUAGGAGACGAGUGGAUCGUGAACGACAGGACGGCGCUCUACAUCCACAUGAGCAUGCCAGACGCAGGGGGCGACUGCGAGCAGAGGGGCGAGGACUACCACGAGCAGAAGGGCGACAACAACCAUUCCAUUGCUACCCCCAUGAGCGACUCCAGUAUCAAAGACUGGGUGGCCGCGAAGGCCGCCAAGAAGAUGACGAUGACCAUGGCAGACAUCGAGGGCCUCGACAUCGACGAGAUCUACCAGAUGGGCUACGCGGCGGCCAUGCAGAAGCUGGCGAAGAAGGCCGUCGCGACGGAGGCCGCGCAGGAGAACACCCUCGAGAGCGUGGGCAGCGCGGCGUCGUGGCACGACGUCGCCACCAAGUAG